GGAAAUGAUACCAAAUCAGGAUGAUUAAAAAACACCGUAGGAGGAGCAAAUUCAAUUCAUAGGAGUUCAGACAGAAUUCGAGACUUGGCGAACGCCAGCCGCCAGGGGGCGUCCGUGUGGCGCAGCGCUAGGGAGCGCCUACAUUUCCCACACGCCCCUGCGGCUAACGUCUAUGGCGUCAGCCCUGACCUCGCAGCAAACAUGAUGGCCGCCUCCGUGUAGCGCGCUGGUUGCAUCUCGCACCGAGCCGAGGAGGUCAACAAAGGGAGUAAGAGAGCGAAAGCAGGGACAGUGGAGGCAUGGUGUUUCUGACUCUGUCCCGUUGGAUCAGGAGCCGGGGGCCAGACCGGUACUGGAGGGUCCAGGAGGUUCUGAAGAAUGCCCGGCACUUCAGGGGCAGGAAGAACCGCUGUUUCCGGCUGGCGGUGCGCGCGGUGCGCCGUGCCUUCGUCUACGCCACCAAGGCCCGCAAGGCCAAGCGCAGGAACAUGAGAACGGUGAGCAGCCGCGCAGCGGGGAGAGGCGCUGGGCCACACUGGGGGGGACAGCAGGGCAGUGAUGCAGCACAGAGCCAGACUGGGGGGGACAGCAGGGCAGUGAUGCAGCACAGCCUUGGGGAGAACAGAGUGAGAAGCACGGAGAGGUGCAGAAAAAGGAGAGGGAGGCUGUUUGGGGAUAUUGGGGGUGCUAACCUGCGGUGUGUUGCUCAGGUUGCCAUGGCGACAGGGCAGAUUCUGUUCCAGCGAUUCUUCUACUGCAAGUCCUUCGUCAAGCACGGCGUGGAGUCCGUGGCGAUGGCCUGUGUCCACCUGGCCUCCAAGAUCGAGGAGGAGCCACGCCGUAUCCGGGACGUCCUCAACGUGUUCCACCGCGUGAGCCAGGUCAAGGAGGGCCGCCCCCGCUGCCCGAUGCCUCUGGACGCUGCCUACAUCAGCCUGAAGAGCCAGGUGAUCAAGGUGGAGAGGAGGGUCCUGAAGGAGUUGGGCUUCUGUGUGCACGUCAAGCACCCUCACAAGAUCAUCGUGAUGUACCUGCAGGUGCUGGAGUGUGAGAAAAACUGUACGCUGGUGCAGAUGGCCUGGAACUACAUGAAUGACAGUUUGCGGACAGACGUGUUCCUUCGGAGCAGUGCUGAAAGUGUGGCCUGUGCUUGUAUCUACCUGUCCGCACGCAAACUCCAGAUCCCCCUGCCUGCUGAGCCGCCCUGGUUCCUGCUGUUCGGAGCCACAGAGGAUGAACUAGAAGACAUCUGUUGCCGAAUACUGAGACUGUACACCCUGCCCCAGGUCCGUCUGUCCACUCUGCAGCAGUGUGUGUCUCGGUGUCGGGAGGCUCUCCAGGUGGCCCAGGCUUCAAAGGGGGGACAGUUACCCAAUAGCACCCCAAAUCUUGAGCCCCCUGCCAACUUCUCUCCUGCCUCCAAGAAUGUCUCUCCAGCGGGCGUCCAGCUGGCCCGGGACUCGCCCCUGUCCCUCCAGGCCAUGAAGAACGCCUGCCGCCGGCUGCACAACGGGCUCUCCUCACACAGAGCCGCGCACAGGAGGGAGCGGCUGAGCCGCAGUGAUGAGCGCGGGGAAGCCCCCCCAGUCCAGCGCAGCCCCAGGCGCAGGCGCAGCCGCAGUGUCUCCUCUCCCAUGCGCACCUCCUCGGCGGCCCUCUCUCCCAGUUAUCGCAGGAGAUCCCGGGAGAGGGACCGGGACCGGGACCGGGACAGGGACAGGGACAGGGACCGGGAGCGACCGCGAGACAGGAACAACAGGGGGGCCGCUCACCGCAGGUGGUGAGGGGACGGGCUCGGACACCGUCUGCUGCUGUCUGGGACCACCCUGCCCUGCUGAAACAACACUUCACAUCUGUGUUGGAUUUUAUAGAAUGUACAUUUGUAUAAAUGAAUAUAUUUUUACACCACUUUCCUGUAAAAAUUUGCACUUUUUUUAGUGAGCUGGAGCUUCAGAAAACACAAGUACACUUGGGUGUAUGUGCACACACUGGAGGAGGUGUGCUCUACACAGUGGGCACAGUGCUGUCUGUACUGGGAUACACAGUCUCAGUUCUGUUGUUGUUACUGUGCCUGUAACUCUCGAACCCGUGCCCAGGCUGGCCCUUGACUGCUGGAAGAUUUCUGCUCUGCUGGAGUCGUGCUUCUGUAUUAUAAUAAAGAGAACAAGCGGAA